ACUUACGUAAGUACGCAACACUCUUCUUCAACUUCUGAUGAAGGACUAUGGCAAUUCUAAACAGUAUCACCACCCAUAAACUCUCUCCAUUCGCCGUUAGAUCCAUCCAAAAACCCACAGGGAUCACCUUUUAUCCUAUUCUAUUCUCUAUCAAACCCUUCACACACUCACAGAAACUUAACCGAUCAAAUGAUUCAACGCUCUUUCUUUCGAAGGCAAGAAGAAGAUGGGUAAUUGGCUCAGUCACAGAGGACAAGGAAGUGGUUCCACUCAAGAAUAAGCAAUUAAAGGACAAAGAUAACGGUUUAUUGGUUAAUGGGUCUAAAGAUUUUGAGCCUGUUCCUUCCGGGGAGAAAGAAGAAGAAGUUGAUGUUAACGAUAGAUUGAUUCGUAAAGGAAUUAAUGCUACUAUUGUUCUUGGUGCUGGUACGUUUGCAGUCACUAAGUUGUUGACGAUUGACCAUGAUUACUGGCAUGGAUGGACGCUUUAUGAAGUUCUAAGGUAUGCACCUGAACACAAUUGGGUUGCAUAUGAAGAAGCUCUCAAAGCAAACCCUGUUUUAGCAAAAAUGGCAAUAAGCGGGAUUGUCUACUCUAUUGGAGAUUGGAUUGCACAAUGUUAUGAAGGGAAACCGCUUUUUGACUUUGACCUGAAACGCAUGUUCAGAUCAGGCCUUGUUGGUUUUACUCUUCAUGGAUCCCUAUCUCAUUAUUAUUACCAGUUUUGUGAGGCUCUUUUUCCGUUUGAAGAUUGGUGGGUGGUGCCUGCUAAAGUUGCCUUUGACCAAACAGUAUGGGCGGCAGUCUGGAAUAGCAUAUAUUAUGUGUUUUUAGGUUUCUUGCGUUUGGAAUCCCCAGCUAAUAUUCUUAGUGAACUGAAGGAAACAUUUUGGCCCAUGCUGACUGCAGGUUGGAAACUUUGGCCAUUUGCCCACCUCAUUACGUAUGGUCUAAUCCCUGUAGAGCAAAGGCUUCUUUGGGUUGACUGUGUCGAGCUCAUCUGGGUAACCAUACUCUCAACUUACUCAAAUGAGAAAUCAGAAGCCCGAAUAUCAGAUCCAGCAUCAAAGUAAAGUCUUCAUCAAGGAGUCUUAAGGAAUAAAUUAUAACCUCCAUGUCUCGUUGAGAAGGCUGUUCUAAUAGCUGAAAAAAGUCAAGAAUGUCAUUAAGAAUAUCCACAGAGACGGAGUAUUGGGUUGUCUUCCCUUUCUGUAAAAGCCAAGCUCGUCGUGUUGAAUAUCUACAUGGACAGAAUGUUCAAAUUAUUAUCCGGACUGCACUUCAAUUUAGACGGAAAUGUUACAUGUUUGUUUUUUUUUCACCAAGGAUAUUGGUUGUAUAAUGUUCAUUGAAGCUGUAUAAUGUUUCGUUCUUAAAAUUUUAUUUUAUAUAAUUUUCAUUUUAGAUUUA